GGGAAAACUACUAUUAUCAACGCAUUCCUGGAAAAGGAUGAAAAUCCUAAGCCUACUUUAGCCCUGGAAUACAACUUUGCACGAAAGAGUUUGGGUCCAUAUGUGGCAAAAUCCAUUGCACAUAUAUGGGAACUUGGUGGUGGACCUAAACUUUCGAAUUUACUUGAUGUAACGGUUUCGAAAGACAGUGUAGGAAACUUAUGCUAUAUUGUAGUUGUUGAUUUAUCGUCCCCCAAAGAACUUUGGGUCAAUUUAACACAUUUUUUGUCUUCAUAUGAAGUUAGAAUAAUGCAGGUGCUCGAAAGAAUUUCAAUCAAGUCAAAGGAAAAUUUACGCCACGAGAUUCUUGCAAAAGCGCAGGCGCGUAUUGAUGAAAAACACUCAGACAGAGAACUAAUGAAUAUUUUUCCAGUCUCAUUAAUAAUAAUAGGGAGUAAAUAUGAUGAGUUCCUGGUAACCCAUUUUCCUAAUUUAUUUAAAAAGAAACAAAAAGAAGAUGAUCGGAAGUUGAUAACCCUUUUUUUACGUUUUGUGGCCCAUUUUUACGGAGGUGCAUUGUUCUUUACGAGUACAUCUGAUCCGACGGCAAAGAAAAGAAUUGGAAAUUAUCUCAGCCACAUCGCUUUUGGAACUCCAAAUGCUAUUAUUCCCCCAAUAACACAAGAUAAGCCGUUGCAUAUUCUCCCAGGACAGGAUUCUUUUGCAUUAAUCGGCUUUCCUCCAGUCGAUAAGGAAUUGCGAAAGGGAUCUGAAAAAUCACCGCUCACGUUUUGGCAGUCCGCUUUCUGCCAAAGAUUUCCGCAGGUCGCACUUCCAGUUCCAAAUGAAUCUGGUUUAAAUGCCAAAUUUGACCCGGCACUGAGUAAACAGUUUGCUGAGCCGCAGGUGGACAGUGUUCGGCAAGCCAAAGACGAAGAAUUGGAGCGCUAUCGACGUCAAUCCGAGAGAAGUAUGCGAGAACAACUGAAACAGGCAGCAGUGGACGGUCUUAUUUUUGUAUAA